AUGUAUGUAGUUCCUGAUAGGUUGCCAGUAACUGGAAAACAUAAAGAUCCUGAUGUAUCGGAGAUUUUAUCAGAAAAUCCUUUUAAAAAAGUUAAGACAAGGGGUCAAAAGGUUGACAAAUCGAAACCAACCAAGAAAACAACAAAUUUAAAUAAAGAAACCAUUGAAGUAAACAAGAAACUCAAUGAGCCAUUACUACCAUCAGCUGGUCAACCGAUUUUAAAACGUGGUCAGAAAGCUAAACUAAAAAAAAUUAAACAAAAAUAUAACGAACAAGAUGACGAGGAAAGAAAUCUUCGUAUGAAAAUACUUCAGGGAGACGACGCCAAACCAAGUCAGUAUCACCAAAUUCUUGAACGUGAUCACUUGUCAAAUUUAAUUAAAAUCCCACAAUCUGUACGGGAUACUCAAGUUGUUCAUAAUUCAGAUAGUAUACAAAAUAAUCAACCUGACUGUGAUAAUAAUGAAUCAUUCAGUAAUUCAAGCAGUGAAAUUGACAAUCAUCCUGUCAAAUCAGAUGAAAGUGAAGAGGAUUUAAAAUCUUUAGAAUUGUUGACAAAUAUCCCCCAAAUACACGACACUAAUUACAUGGUACCCGAGUUUAAACAACGUUCUUACUUCGAAAUUAAAGCUCAAUUGGAUGCUUAUCGUCUAGCAAAUCCAGUAACUCCAGAGUUAAAACCUCCAACCAUAAAUGUACUUCAAGAACCCGCCAACAGUUCUGUGAAAUUAGCUAGAAUUACCGCCAUUUGGAAUUUAUGCCAUAAAAAUUGA